UUUAUAAAAUAAGUGAUACAUCCUAUGGUUCUUUUCUUUUCCAAAGUUAAGCAAAGCUUUCAUUUUUUUUCAGGUGAACAUCGGAGAAUCAAAGCUUUAAACCAAUUUGAGACCCGAUUUUCAACUGUUUCGGUAAAGAUACAAUUUUGAAACUCAACCAUCUUCUCCGGUAUUCUGUGGUUUAUUACAAAGCCAGGGAAUGCUGUAAGAUGUGCUUGAGAGCUAAGAUCUUUUUCGCAGAGUUUGAUGAGGAAGCUCCAUUUGAGCUACCCUUAUUUGUUCUUGAUGAGAUUGGACAUAUAGCUUCUCAGACGCCUACUGGGGAUAAAUAUUUUAGGGCACAACUCCUGUCAUAUCACAACCUUUGUGAGGAUGGUUGAACUUGUAUAAUCUUUAAAUGGAUUCCUUCAUGGUAGAUAGCUAUAUUGCAUAUAUUGGUUUAGCUCGAGAAAAUAGCAUACUAAUUGUGUAUUAGAUUAGUCUGAAUAGUUUUUGUGACUUCAGAUGGAAAAUAAAGGGAGCGUGUUGAUGCACCGGUAUGAAAUAGGGAAAUUGUUGGGCCAAGGAACGUUUGGCAAGGUUCACCAUGCGAGGAACCUUGAAACUGGCAUGAGUGUGGCUAUUAAGAUGAUUGACAAAGAGAAGGUUUUGAAGGUUGGGAUGUUUGAGCAGAUCAAGCGAGAGAUUUCUGUAAUGAGGAUGGUUCGACACCCAAAUAUCAUGCAGCUUUAUGAAGUCAUGGCUAGCAAAACCAAAAUUUACUUUGUCAUGGAAUAUGUCAAAGGCGGUGAACUCUUUGACAAGGUAGCGAAAGGGAAGCUAAGGGAGGAUCUUGCAAGGAAAUAUUUCCAACAGCUGAUUGGUGCUGUUGAUUUCUGCCACAGUAGAGGUGUUUAUCACCGGGAUUUGAAACCAGAGAACAUACUAUUGGAUGAGAAUGGGAAUCUAAAAGUUUCAGACUUUGGAUUAAGUGCCCUUGCUGAAUCUAAGCGUCAAGAUGGGUUGCUCCACACAACCUGUGGAACACCGGCCUAUGUUGCUCCUGAAGUGAUCAACAGAAAAGGGUAUGAUGGAUCGAAAGCCGAUAUAUGGUCCUGUGGGGUCAUCUUGUAUGUUCUACUGGCUGGUUAUCUUCCAUUCCAUGAUUCAAAUCUGAUGGAAAUGUAUAGGAAGAUUGGUAAGGCAGAUUUCAAAUUCCCUAAUUGGUUCUCCCCUGAAGUACGUAGGCUGGUGUCAAAAAUGCUUGACCCAAACCCAAAUACACGAAUAUCCAUUGCCAAAAUCAUGGAAAGUUCUUGGUUUCGAAAAGGCUUAAAACCUGUGAGAAUUGAAAUGAAGGGGAAAGAACCAGCUAGUCAUGAUGUCGAAGCAGUGGUUGGUGAUAGCAGCACUGCAGCAGAGGCAAAGCAAGAAUUGGCAAGGCCUAGUAACUUGAAUGCUUUUGAUAUCAUCUCGUUCUCAGCAGGCUUUGACUUGUCUGGUUUGUUUGAGGAAAACGAGCGAAAGAAAGAAGAGCGAGUCGCAGUUCGGUGAGAGAGUGGCAAGACCAUUAUUUCGAAGUUGGAGGACAUAGCCAAGCGUUUGAAGCUUAAAGUAACAAAGAAAGAUGGAGGGCUGUUGAAAUUGGCUGGAUCAGAGGAAGGAAGGAAAGGCGUGUUAUCUAUUGACACAGAGAUCUUUGAGGUCACUCCAACAUUUCAUUUGGUGGAGGUGAAAAAGACCGGUGGAGAUACAUUGGAGUAUCAGAAGAUGAUGAAGCAGGAUAUAAGGCCGGCACUUGAAGACAUUGUAUGGACUUGGCAUGGCGAUCAGCUGCGAUCCCAGCAGCAGCAAGAAAAUCAACCAGAGCUGCAACAGCCCUCUCAAGAGCACCCAUCGCUAGAUGUUUCACCUCAGAUUCCAUAACAAAUAAAGUUCCUUUAGUAGGCUGAUUGUAAAUUGUAGUGUGCACUUUUGUAUCUUUGUUUACCAUUCUGUUCUUGGAAGUUUUAUCUUCGUGACAAUUAGAAGAUUUCGUGACAAUUAGAAGAUUAUGUAUUGAACUUGACAUGUAUAACUGUGUUGGUGCUUAGAGAUGUGUUGUAACUUGAAGUUCACUGAUAUUCCAUGUAUAAUCUAUACGCAUAAAGAAGUAGAUUAGUUAAGUUUGGUCUGACAGUUCGAAGUU